AUGGAUAAUGAGGCGAAUUCGAAUCUGAAAGGUGGUCAUCUGCCAGCCGAAAAGAUCGGCGGUGGAGUGCGGAUCGCGAGAAAGGCACGCGUUUCCGAGUCUGAUAAGACUGCAGCCGCAACCGUAAAUAAUAGUAACGCUGCUGCUGCAGCUGCUGAUAAGGCAGCAUCCAGUGAUAACGAUAAUGAGAGUGCUGAGGUCGUUGAGGCAAAAAAUGUUUUGGCACACACCGGUCUGGCAGCUCAAACGAAUAAAGACUAUCCGUCUGAAGCGAUCCGUGCGUAUCACGAAAAACCUCUACCGCAGCACUGCAAUCCUCAAGUGAAACAAACACCGAAUGUAUUCCAACCAACGAAACAAUAG